AUGGCACCCGUCUUUGUCGAAGAAGAGCCCUGCAACAUCAGUAACGAUGUCAAGCAGGUCAUUGCCGAGGAGCCAACUACAAAUGUUGUCGACUUCAAGGCAUUCUAUGGCAUCGGACCACAGCGCGUGAACCGCAAGUUCAACAUCUCGCUGUCAGACCUUAGCUACCAGCCAAAGAUUCACAACCCCCGAGCCGAUUGGGCAGUAACCGCUGCUUUCAAUUCAUUCGAAGCAUUCCAAGCCGCCAACUUUGGCCCCGUGCACCGCUUCGCGACCAUCGGCACUGGUUCUGGCACCGACGUUAUCGCCGCACUGGAUGUUUUCCCUCACCUCCACAGCAUCGCCAUGACCGACCUCCACGACGAGGUCGUCACCAAGGCCAAAGCUAAUGUCCUAUCCGCCACCGACAAAGCCGACGACCGAAUAAAGUCCGUCGCAAAGGACGCUGUCGGUCUCUCUGGCGAAUGCCUAGUGCCUCUUCGAGGCCAGGCGCCUUUCGGCUUGAUCUACGAGAACCUCCCCAACAUCCCUCUCCCCGACGACGCCAACCUCCUGGACGGCCAAACCUCCUCCACCUACUUCGAGUCCGGCGACAUCUCCAGCGUUUGCCCCCUAUUCGUCUCCGCAGCCCUCCUAGACCUCCACUACAUUUGUCUCCUCCAAGCCCGAACCUUCAACCUCCUUAGCAAAACCGGUGUCCUCCUCUCCAGCAUGGGCGGCCGCGUCCCCCUUGACACGAUGCUCCGCCUCGCCUCCGCAGCCGGCUUCACGGGGCGAAUUCUCUCCAUGUCGUGGAAAGUGCAAAGUGAACCAGAUGAGGUGAUUGGGGGGUAUGCGAAGGCACAGGAGAGGGGGUUGGGGCCGUUCUACUUUUAUCGCACGAGUAUUCUAGAGCAGGUAUUCGGUGAUUUGACACCCGCUGGGGCGGGCCUUCGGGCCAUGCAGAUUGAGAAUGAGCUGUUGCCGGAUCGGUUAGAUGCGGUGACGGCGUUGAGGGCGCAUCGGCAGGGGAUUGAGAUUGGGCAUCCGGUGGUGGUUAUGGCUAGUGUUAAGCUGUAG